UGCAUCAGACCGGGGAGGCGAGCCAACAUGGCGUCCUCUACUACUGUUCCGCUUCUGUUUUGUUUAGCAUCGUUUUCAUUGCGAAUUAGCUCCUCCGGACUUCUAACUGAGCCUUGUUACAAACCCAUCAGAGACCAUAGACCAGACUCGGUCAAGACACAGGCCCGGCCGCAUGAGUAUGUGAAGGUGUCGGACCUUCCUCCAUUGUGGGACUGGAGGAACAUCCAGGGGAAGAACUAUGUGAGCAUCACAAGGAACCAACACAUCCCCCAGUACUGUGGUUCCUGCUGGGCCAUGGGAGCCACCAGCGCAUUAGCUGACCGUAUCAACAUCAAACGUGGAGGAGCGUGGCCGUCGGCCUACCUGUCAGUCCAGAACGUGAUCGACUGCGGGAAGGCGGGCUCUUGUUAUGGAGGAGAUCACCUAGGAGUCUACGCCUACGCCCAUGAGAGAGGCAUCCCUGAUGAAACCUGCAACAACUACCAAGCCAAAAACCAAAAGUGUGAGCUGUUUAACGAGUGUGGCACCUGCUCCUUCUUUGAGUCGUGUGCUGUCGUGAAGAACUACACCGUGUGGAAAGUGGGAGACUAUGGAGAAGUUUCUGGAAGAGACCACAUGAAAGCUGAAAUUUACACCAACGGGCCCAUCAGUUGUGCCCUGAUGGCCACCAACGGCCUGGAGAAAUACUCUGGAGGGAUUUUCUCAGAGUUUCACCCCCUCUCUUUACCAAAUCAUAUCGUGUCUGUGGCCGGCUGGGGUGUGGCAGAGGACGGGACUGAGUACUGGGCUGUCAGGAACUCCUGGGGAGAGUUUUGGGGAGAACAUGGAUGGGCGAGAAUAGUCACUAGUGCCUAUAAAGGAGGAAAAGGCAACUGGUUCAACCUGGGUAUUGAGAAGAACUGUGCAUAUGGAGACCCUAUUGUUACAUAGACACCUCGACAAACUGAUAGACUCUAGUUGUGUCAUGUUGGGCUUAUUGAAAUAACUGUUGAUGGGUUUAUACCACUUUGGGUAAAGUGGAAAAUUAAAGGAGUAGUUUAACUAGUUGAA